UCCGCUCGCCACUGGACACACACGCACCAGCACCAGCCGCGGGUGAGCGUGUGAUAUUCUCGGCGACAGAAAUGGUGUCCUCCGCGUCCGGCAGCGGCGGCGGCGAUGGAUGCACGGCAGCGGCGGUGCGGGAGGUGGCGACGCUGCGGUUCGCGCGGCAGGUGGUGCUGGGGCGGUGGUUCAUGGUGUUCGCCUGCCUGCUCAUCCUCUCCGCGUCCGGCGCCACCUACAUCUUCGGCAUCUACUCCAAGGUGCUCAAGUCCACCCUCGGGUACGACCAGCAGACCCUCAACACGCUCUCCUUCUUCAAGGACCUCGGCGCCAACGUCGGCGUCCUCUCCGGGCUCCUCAACGAGGUCACCCCGCCCUGGGUCGUGCUCGCCACGGGCGCCGCCAUGAACCUGGCGGGCUACCUCAUGAUCUACCUCGCCAUCGACGGCCGCACCGCGCGCCCGCCCGUCUGGCUCAUGUGCAUCUACAUCUGCGUCGGCGCCAACUCCCAGUCCUUCGCCAACACCGGCGCGCUCGUCACCUGCGUCAAGAACUUCCCGGAGAGCCGGGGCGUCGUGCUGGGGUUGCUCAAAGGCUUCGUCGGCCUCAGCGGCGCCAUCUUCACCCAGCUGUACAUCGCCAUCUACGGUGACGACGCCAAGUCGCUCGUGCUGCUUGUCGCCUGGCUCCCCGCCGCGGUGUCCAUCCUCUUCGUCCACACUGUCCGCCUCAUGCCGCGCCGCCGCGGCGAGAGCCAGAGCGCCACCAGCAGCGACCCCUUCUACUGCUUCCUUUACAUCUCCAUGGGGCUCGCCACGUAUCUCCUCGUCAUGAUCGUGGUGCAGAAUCAGAUGGACCUCUCGCACGCCGCCCUCGUCGUCUCGGCCGCCGCGCUCCUUAUCAUACUCUUCCUCCCACUCGCCGUCGUCGUCAAGCAGGAGUACAGGAUCAAGAGGGAGCUCGAGGAGGCUCUUCUCGUGCCCCCAACCGUCACCAUCGACAACAAGGCGGCGCCACCGUCCUCCGACCUUCAAAUGGCAGAGGCAGAGCAGCCGGUGAAAGCAGAGGAGUCGUCAAAGCUUUCCACACCGGCGCCAGAAUCGUCUUCAUCGUCGUGCUGGAAGAACAUGUUCAACCCGCCGGCGCAGGGUGAGGACUACACGAUCCUGCAGGCGCUGGUGAGCGUGGACAUGCUGGUCCUCUUCCUCGCCACCAUCUGCGGCGUGGGCGGCACGCUCACGGCGAUCGACAACAUGGGCCAGAUCGGGCAGUCCCUCGGCUACCCACCCAAGAGCAUCAAGACCUUCAUCUCCCUCAUCAGCAUCUGGAACUACGCCGGCCGGGUCACCGCCGGGUUCGCGUCCGAGGCGGUCCUGGCACGGUACAAGUUCCCGCGCCCGCUGGCGCUCACGCUCGUGCUCCUCCUCGCCUGCGCGGGGCACCUCCUCAUCGCGCUGGGCGUGCCGGGCUCCCUCUACGCGGCGUCGGUCAUCAUCGGCUUCUGCUUCGGGGCGCAGUGGCCGCUGCUCUACGCCAUCAUCUCCGAGGUGUUCGGCCUCAAGUACUACUCCACGCUCUACAACUUCGGCUCCGUCGCCAGCCCCAUCGGCGCCUACGUGCUCAACGUGCGCGUCGCGGGAUACCUCUACGACGUCGAGGCGGCCAAGCAGCACGGCGGCACCCUCGACGGCGCCGGCGACAAGACGUGCAUCGGCGCGCAGUGCUUCAGGCUCUCCUUCCUCAUCAUCACCGCCGCCACCGUCGCCGGCGCGCUCGUCUCGCUCGUGCUCGCGUGGAGGACCAGGAAGUUCUACCGGAGCGACAUCUACGCCAGGUUCAGGGCCGACGGCCAACCGGCAGCGCUGCCGGAGCAGAACCGGCUCAAGGAUUCGGCCGAGCCAAUAAGCCCAGUCAACGGGACGAAGGAGCAGUCAAUGCGAUAGUGUGUGUAUCGAUGCAAACGGACACAUGGGUUAACUAGUCUUUUAUUUUGUUGUA